GUGCGUACCUCCCGUUACGGUACCUGCAUACAUCCGUCGGAUUCUCCACCCCACUGUUUGCAAACCCAUAGAGCACAGCUCAAAAGCUGCUGUUCAAAUACUAGUGAAAGGAAAACUCUGGAUUGUCUUCGCUUUCUAUACUGUGAGUUCUGCAGGGUACCAUUACGGCAGGAUAUCUGUCCAGAGAAGGGCAUUGCAUGCUGGGUUAGGAGCUAGGUGUGGAACCCACUCCCAGACCCUCCAGAUUCCUCUCACUCUCUCUCGCACAUCUCCAUCUCGAGCCUCAGUAUCCAGUACUGUGUGGUAUCAAUAGUUGAGAUUCAGUGGCUGGAACGUCCAUACAUUUCUGUCAGUUAUUGUGCCAUGGCCUCUAAGCCACAUCCUCCUCUAAUGAAGAAACACAGUCAGUCAGAUCUGGUGAGCCGGCUGAAGACCAGGAAGAUACUGGGGGUCGGAGGCGAGGACGACGAUGGAGAGGUGCAUAGGUCGAAGCUCAGUCAGAUGCUGGGGAAUGACAUUAAGUAUCAGGUGCGAGAGCCUGUUGGUCUAAGGGUCUGGAUCAUCAUCUCUGCGUUGGCCUUCACAGUUAUGUCCUUGAUGGCCCUGGUGUGUCCCAACCAGCUCUAUGAGGUGGUGUUUGAAGAAGAGACCCACAACACCAGCAUCUCUAUCAGGCUCUAUGGAGGAGCAAUACUCAGUCUGUCCCUCAUCUUGUGGAAUGGAGUGUAUACACAAGAGAAGGUCAUCAUUCAAUGGACUCUGCUAAGUGAAGCAUGCUACUUUGCCGUCCAGUUUUUAGUUACGUCGGUCACCCUGGUGGAGAUGGGCUCGUUGCCCAACGCUGCCAUCCUCCUCCUCCUCAGCCAGGUGCUCUUCCUCCUGGUCACUCUCUUCUAUUACUACCACCUGGGGAGAGGACGGCCCAAGAAGAUCUGAGAGGGAGGAGAGAGUACGACCCAAGAAGAUCUGAGAGGGAGGGGAGUAGAGAGGACGACCCAAGAUGAUCUGAGAGGGAGGGGAGGAGAGAGGACGGCCCAAGAAGAUCUGAGAGGGAGGGGAGGAGAGAGGACGAUUUGAGAGGAGGCAGAGGAGAGAGGACAACCCAAGAAGAUCUGAGAGCAGGGAGGGGUGGGGAGGGGACAGAGGCCCACAGGGUGGGUUAGGUUGUCUGGGUGCUUUCAGAUAUUUAAUUCCAAACGGAGCUGGGGUUUAUUGAAUGAAGCAGCUAGUAAUGUAAUGUGUAGAGCUGACAUUAUUCACAGUUCUACAUGACAAACCGUCAUGGCAGAUCUAUACAUUACAUGUAUGACUUUCUGUAAUGUUACAACUUUCUGAUCAGGGAUGUGAUGUGGGGGCGGGGCUUAUCAGGGAUGUGAUGUGGGGGCGGGGCUUAUCAGGGAUGUGAUGUGGGGGCGGGGCUUAUCAGGGAUGUGAUGUGGGGGCGGGGCUUAUCAGGGAUGUGGUUGUGAGUGGGAGGUGCUUAACAGGGAUGGAUGUGGGGGCGGUGCUUAUCAGGGAUGGGAUGUGGGGGAGGGGCUUAACAGGGAUGUGUCUGUGACGUGGGAGGGGCUUGGUCCAUCCAGCCCCAUUCUACUGUAUGUUAGACUCCAGAUGUUUUCAAUAACCCCACCAGUCAACACAUGGUGGUCUGGUGGCCUCAUUUGUUCUCUAUAUGGAAAUGAGAAAGAGUCUGAUUGUGAAAGUGAACUGGGAGAUUGUUGUCCUCCUCCAAAUAUUGUAUGCUACUUUUGUGGGUGGUUCUGGGUAAAAAAACAAACAAAAAAAACAAGUUUAUUCAUUUGAA